AUGGCGUCCGUACAGUUGAUCCCACCAGUCUCCGACUUAUAUGAGAUGGUUGAAGCGUUCUUGCAGGCCCCAGUGUACCAUCUGAUCUUCGAAGCUUGUCUGAUAGUACUUAUUAUAAAGCUAGUGUUUUCCAAGUCCUAUGCUGGUGGUCCUGAAAUUAUUCUAACGAAAAAGGAGGAGGAAGAACUGAUAGCUGAGUGGGUACCUGAUCCCCUGGAACAAGAUGUGCCCCCAGAUCAUCCAGUGUUGCAGUCUAUGGAGAAAAACCUUGUGACAGGAAAACCAGGGAAGUAUGUGGAAAUCAAUGGGAAAAAGUGUGUGAACAUGGCAACUUUGAACUUCCUAGGGAUGGCGGGAAUGCCAAGCAUAGAGGAUGCUGCCAUAAAGACAAUGAGAAAGUACGGUGUGGGAUCAUGUGGUCCUAGAGGUUUCUAUGGUACAAUGGAUGUACAUCUGGACCUGGAGGAGAAGAUAGCCAAAUUUAUGGAUUGUGAAGAAACCAUCCUGUACUCCUACGGCUUCGCCACCAUAGCCAGUGCAAUCCCAGCUUACUCCAAACGUGGUGAUGUGAUAUUUGUUGAUGACGGAGUGUGCUUUGCCAUACAGAAAGGUCUGGUAGCAUCUCGGAGUGCCAUCAAAUGGUUCAAACACAAUGACAUGGAAGAUUUGGAGAGGUUACUGAAGAUUCAACAAGAGGAAGACAGAAAGAUUCCUAAGAAAGCCAAAGUCACCCGUCGGUUUUUAGUAGUAGAAGGAUUGUACAUGAACUACGCUGAUAUCUGUCCGCUCCCUCAACUGGUUGCUCUGAAGUGGAAAUACAAGCUACGACUGUUUAUGGAGGAAAGUCUGUCAUUUGGUGUGCUUGGGGCAAAUGGCAAGGGGGUAACAGAAUACUAUGGCAUUUCACGAGAUGAGGUAGACUUAAUUGCUGCAACACUUGAAAACUCUAUGGGAACAUGUGGAGGCUUCUGUUGUGGGAAGAAAUAUGUAAUAGAUCACCAGCGCCUGUCAGGUCUUGGGUACUGUUUCUCUGCGUCUCUACCGCCCAUGCUUGCCACAGUAGCCAUAGAGGCACUCCACACUAUGGAACAGGAUCCCUCAUUGCUAACCAAACUAAAUAACAACUGCCAGAGAGUUCAUGAGAAGUUAUCUAGAAUACCAGGAAUGCAAGUCCAGGGUGACCCUGUUGCUCCAAUUAAACAUGUGAGACUAGAGGAACUCAAUGAUGAUCGAUCUAUCAACAUACAGACACUGGAGAAGAUUGUGGACAAGGCCAGAGAUCUUGGUUUGGCAAUAACAGUGGCGAGAUACCUUGAGUCUGAGGAACACAUCACACCAUCCCCAAGUAUAAGGCUCUCUGUGAAUGCGAACAUGACAGAUGAGGAGGUUGAUAAAAGUAUUGAACUCCUAAGCAAAGCCUGUGGAUCAAUCCUCAACAGCUAUUCUUGAGAUGGUGAGGAUCUCUGUUUACAAGUUGUGAUAUACUACAGAACUUAGACUUUCAAACCGAGGAAAUGUACAAAUUAUUGGAGCCAUUGUUCAAUGUCUUUAUAGCUGAGGAGCAGUUCAUGGAACCAACCAAGGAGAAUAUAUCUGUUAAAGCAUUUAGACCUCAAUCAUUGGAUUAAAAUAGUCGUUCAAUAUAACACAUAAUUAUUGUGAUUAUAUUGUCAUCAAAGACAGUCAAGUGAACAUUAUUAAAAUAUCUAUUGGUCAAGAAGACUGUCUGACGAGAAAUAGUACUUACUGUAAAUGACAUCAUGAUGUAGUGCUUUUUAUCUGAGCUUGUCUACAUGGUAGACAUCACUGGUAUUCUCAAGGUCAUUACUGUCAACAGGUUACGAUAUUGUCCUUAGGUACUUUAUCAAUAUUUUUAUUUUUGUAUUCCACUGGUGUACAGAGUACAUGUAUCUACAAGUACAAACAUGUCUAUAAAGGCUUCUCACUGGAGCAGAGAAAAGUGGCCUUUAUACAGAGGUGGCCUUUGUACACAGGUGGACUUUAUUGACAGGUGACCUUUGUAUAAAGACGGCCUUUCAGACAAGUUUGACUAAAUGAAUGUAUAAAGUUUUGUAUGGUUAUAUGACCUAGAAUUGAUAAUAUUGAAAAUGAUAAUGCUGUAUAGUUUGAAUAUGUGAACGUAAAUUUCCUAAUUAUUUAAUCAAAUUUCAUAGCGAUCACUAAAACAGGUGCACCAUACAUUAUCAGAAAGUAAACCAAAGGAUUAAAAACACCAACAAUUAUCACCAAUGAUGUUAGUGUGUUGUUGCCUGAGGUGUAUUGUUUCUAAAGGCUAAGCUAUCCAUUAGAAAUGCACAUUUUUUAUUUGUGGAAGAAAAAAAAUCUUAUGUACAUAUUUUUACACUCUGCAAUGUGCCUUUGAGGUUUGACUGGCACAUGGAGGACUAGAAAAACAAGUUGAUUAAAUAGAUGCUGUUCACAGAUCACUUAGUCGUGUAAAUGUCAUUGUCAUCAUGUAUUUGUGUUUAAAUAAUUUGAUUUAAGUCUAAAUUGUCCAAUGUUUUCUUUCUAUACUUGGAAAUCCUUUAUUUUCCCUUUUUAUUCUACCAAAUAUCCAUAUUUACAAUAGAAACAGCUGUCUUUUUAGAGGAAUGUAGAAUUUCAUCUCAGAAUUUUUCAUAUGAUAGAUCUGUAUCAUGGUUUUUAGUGAUAACUCUUCUUAAUAUGUUUGAGUCUGUAGUAGUAAUAUCUUUAAUAAGGUUGAUCUCUGAUACACCAAAAAUGUCAUUGUAAUAUUUGCUGAUUUCAUCACCCCAUGAUCAGUACUUCAAGUACGUCCUGUAAAUCCUGUAUAUUCAUUUAAUAUUUAAGAUAUUUAUAUUUUGUAAUUGUUCAAUAAGAGAUAUAUUUGUGAUAAUUUGACUGCUUUGUUUGAAACUUUGUGUGAUGCUGACAUUCUUCCAAAAAAAAUUGGACCAUGUCUUUUGCUGGGUUUCAAUUACCUGUCCCGCAUCAGAGCAAAAUCUGCAGUCAUGAUAUAUAGUCAAAACCACAUCUAUAGACAUUACAUACAGUCUAAUCCACAUCUACAGACGUGACAUACAUUCAAAAUCAAAUCUUUAGACAUGACAUAUAGUCAGAACCAAAUAUUCCGACAUGACAUAUAGUCAAAACCAAAUCUACACAGACAAGACAUACAGUCAGGACCACAGCUACACACUGAAAACAAAAUCUUCUAUUCAGUUAGGACCAAAUCUACAGACAUGACAUACAGUAGGGACCACAUCUACAGGCAUACUCAGAAACAUCAUAUGCAUUGUUGAAAGUAAAGUGUCUGGAAUGUAUUGCAUGUUUUUUUAAAUUUUCAAUCUGUAGUUUGUUUUAGAAACGGUUUUAGUUGUGAAUUAUUUCCAUUUUAAGCUAAGUCAUGUUCUUUUGACAAUUUUGUAUGCAGCUAUUGAAUUGCCAGAUUGGAUUUUUUUUUUAAUUUUCUAGUUUACUGCAUUUGUGUAAACGUUCCAAUGAGUGCUAGAAUAUAUAAAGAAUGAAAGAGUUAUCUUCCCUUAGAUAUGAUUUGGGAGAGAGAGAGUGGAUUUUUUAUUGCUGAAAUAGCUAUAAAUAAAUGUAUCUUCAUAUCGAUUUUACAUUGCAAUAACUGGAAAACCUGGCCCCUGUCAUCACCAGUGUAAAUUUCAUGUGUCCUAUAACUGGGCCUUCAUAUCUUUUGUAACCAUGUCUGAUAUACACUCGGUAUGAGCGUAGAUUUUGCCUAUCCUGUAACUCUAACUAGGCCAUGGCCUUCAUCUUUAUUUAUCACUAUUUUUUCUAUACACUCAAUAUGACUGUAGCUUUUUUUGUAUCCUACAACUGUAACUACUAGCUCUUAAUUUCCCUGAUAUAUGUCUGCUAUAAGAUACACACAGGACAGCAUUGUGUUUUAUACGCAACAAACCUAUAUAAUAGAUUUUAGAUAUCUUAUGUAUUUGGUGAAGAUACAAAGUUAUACAGUAGAGACUAAGAUUUGUAUAAGAUGCAAAGUUAUACAGUAGAGACUAAGAUUUGUAUAAAGGUCUGAUAUUCAGGGUUUAGUUAAUAAGCAAUCUGCUGUGUUACUUCUGUAAUGUCUUGUAAACAACAGUUCUCGUAAAUCUUAUAUUGAUAUAUUUCUUUAUCGAUUGGUAUGAAUUUGUA